UACCAGAAGUACCGGCGGCCGACGUUUUCAGUGGCUGCUCAUUUUUUGAAGCACCGGCCACUUAAAUUAAAGAAAAAACUUUAAAAGGCCUUUCUUGAUCUGAAAUAGAUUCUAAACUCUGGUGUAUUUCCGUUCGUGUUAUUGAAGAAUGAUUAAAACUGGAGAGAAAACAAGAAUUAGAAGCUAAGGGGAUAAUUUGCUAGUGGAGUAGAUGAUUGUGCCUUUUGGGUGCCAGGUCCCGCCUGCUAUCUUUCUUUUUAGGCUGGCUAUUUAAAAAUCUUUGGAAAAUAUUUUAUUAGGGCGAACUCUGUUCUUGUCCAAAUCUCCGCUGUUCAGAGCUACACUUGACUCAAAGUCUCCAUCGUAGACAUUUGGGCUGUCACGUAACGUUCUUUGUCUGCUGUGACCUCCUGGAGAACGACAGCGUAGGAGACUAUCGGGGGUGAGCUCGGGGGUGUUGAGAGAUUCUUCUCGCCCUUUUGCAACGACGCUCCCCUGUCAGCGGAUAUCCGCGUGAAGAGAGACGUGCAGCUUUCUAAAUCUCCACUCUUGUAAACACUCGUCAAGUAUUCCCUGCCAUUUACUUCUACGGCUUAAUUUAAAUCUGACUUUUCAAGGCCAUUGAUCCUGCAUAUCUUGCGGUUGUUGACGACCUGUGAGAUUUUUAAAAGCCCUGCUUUACGGAUAAGUGGGUUACGUAGCGACAGAAACCAGAAGUGGAGUAGCCCUUGUUCGCUUUGAAGCUUUGAAUAAUUGUGUCUGGUUUCUUGAACUCUCUACGAGUUUGCUUUGAUCCUUCGAUAAAAACUGAAAUCAAAGAGCUGAAGUAUUCCUAAAAGCAAGAAAUUGUUAAAUUUGGAUUUGCGAGGAGAAAUUCCGAAUUCUUGAGCAGCAGGAUAUCCAAUUGAAUCCACUGCAGUACAUUGAAUUAUGAGUUAUCAAAAGCUGCACAGGGAAUUUUGAAAGGACUUAGUUGGAAUUUGUAACAAAACCCAGAGGAGACCAGAGAAAAAUCUGUCACACAAAGCAUUGCAUGCAUGAGUGAUUUUUCCCAUUGCAUAGCAAAUAUCUGUUGAAGAGAGUUGGGGUUUCCUUGCAAGCUUGGCUGGAGGUUUUUCUUAAAGUAAAAAGCACUGAACAGUUGUCAUGUCUGAGGAAAGUGAUGAAAGAAUAUCUAGAAUUGAAGCAAGGAGAAGAAGGAGGGAACAAAGAAGAUUAAGUUUAGACACUGAUGAGGAAAACAAAUCUGUGAAUGGAGUUGAUGACUCAGGAGUUCCUGGAGGUGGUCGGUCUCGAUCAUCAACUACUGACAGUGAUAUUGAACUAACAAAGGCCUUAAGUCGGGAAGAAAAGAGGCAAGAAAGGAGGGAAAAGAAGAGACAGAGGGAAAUGGCAGAAAAAUGUAAAGAGCCAGCAAAGUCAGCUGCGGUGAUAACAGACUUCAGCAAAAGAGAAAUCAGGGAAAGAAGGCCAAGUGAUCCUGAAAUCCUGUCUGGGGGUAGUGAGAGUGUUGAUGAUACUGACAAGGAAAAUGAACAGAUAAAUGCACAGAAAUCAGGAGGUAAAAAAUCUGGUUAUGGCUCAUAUGCCUCUGCUUUGCGAAAAGGAUCACAGGGUGCUGAUGUGGACAAAAGAAAGGAACGAUAUGCUGCUGCCAUUGAGGGAUAUAAUGUCAGGGAUGAUGAUGGUGAUGACAUUAUGGAUUAUUCACCUCGUGACCCUACAGAUCAGCAACCAGACAUCAAGUCAACUGCACCAGUAAAAAGAAUAAAAGAAGAUUACCUGACCUCAGCAUCUGGAGCUGGUAGGAAAAUAGAACAUUCUGAGGAACAACCAACCCCCCAUCAUUUGGAAAGGCAGUGGCCUCCUCCACCUUCAGAGAAUGAUGAUGAUGAUGAAGAAGAUGGAGAACCCCGGCAAGGCGUGGUGAAAACAUUCGAGGAACCUGAAGCUGUAGAAGAAGACAGAGGAGUUGAUGAAGGUCAUGUUGACUCAGUCAAGUCUUUGAAAGAACAGUGGCAGGUUAAAGAACCAUCCAAACCAUUGGGUGUUAACAAACCCUAUGUCCCCUUGAAGAAAGAUGAUCUGUGGAUCACCCAUUUUAGGCCUGUCAUUGAUGAAGGGGAAGCUCCAAAGGAACCUCAAUGGUUACAGACAGUAAGGCAGCGUAGAUGGAGAUCCACUGUAGCAGCACGCUUUCCUCAGGAUGAACAAGAGAAGGCAGUCUUUGAAAAUCGCUCUACAACACCAAGAAAAUUUAAGAAGCCUAAUCCUUACUCUCUCAUGCGUUCAAAGUCUGACCUUGAUGAUGAAUUUGAAAUUGCUAUGAGGCGUAGGCGUCGGAAAACUGAUGAUGAAGACUCUGUUGAUGCCAGCAAGCGUUCGUGGUCUUCUUUUGGGGAGGCAGAUAAUUCUGAUUCUGUUGCUGUGCUGAGUAAGGUUCCAAUAAAAGGCCCCUUGAAGGAGUACAAGAAAAACCUUGAAUUGGAAAGGGCACGCACAACCAUGUUAAAAUGGACAUUUUCAACAGACAUGGUUGAUGAUCCCCUUCGAUUUGACCUUCCCAGGCCCAUUGACCUAGCAACACAGGAAGACUACGAAAAAGAGCAAGAGUGGAGGUAUAUGCAGUCACGGCGGCGAUUUGUGAGUGGAAGUGAAACUGAUGGGUUUGGAGAUUCAUCUAUGAGAUCAUCAAUGUCCUCACUGAGUGAUGGGGAACAUCUCCCCAAGUCGCCUGUUUUCAGCACUCCUGGCCAGCCUCUAGAAAAGACGUCUAUUAGUUCAGGAGAGUCACCCAGUCCUGAGCCUACAGCUGAUGAGCAUGCUGGACCAGCUGACUCAGCUGAACCGGCUAGAGACUACAUGUUUAGUCAGGGUGUGUCUGAUAUUAAGAAGAAUUUGCUCACUUCAACAAAAGAAGAACCUCUAAAACCCACUAUUGCAGAUGAUAAUCUUGAAUAUGUUCCUAAACUGGCUGAUAUUAAGAAGAAAAUGCAAGAAAAAGAAGAAUCAAUACCAAAGUCUACUCCCCUCAAUGAAGAAAUCCAGAUGCUUCCAAAGAUGAAAGACAUAAAGAAUAGAUUUUUGGCCCCCAAAAAGGAGCAAGUUUUGAAAAACCCAGAGUUUGAAGAAGGGGAACAGUUUGAGAGACUGGAAAGUCUGAAGAGUCGGUUUCAAGCUAAAGAACAAAAAGAAGAGCCAAGGGCUUUGAGUAAACCUAAGCUGAAAAAGAAACUGAGUACUAGCGAUGAUAUGAAAGCAAUCAUGGCAAGUCGAAGGCAGAUGACAGAUGAGUUUGUAAGCCAGAGUCCAGACACUGCACAAGAGAUAAAGAGUUUAGCAACUGAUAUUGCCAAGACCUUUGGUUCUGAGGUUGCUGAUUCUCCAAAGCAAAAGAAAGAAAAAAGAAAGAAAGGAAAGGAAGAGAAAAAGAAAGCAGAAGUAAGUGAUAGUGGAACUGAAGAAAGUGAGACUCCAAAUUUUGGUCCUUGUGGAAAGCCAGAAGGUUGUGGAACAGAUGAUGAGCUUGAAAAACGCUCGAGCAAGGAGCUGGAAAUUUUGCCAACACUUGGAAAUGAACUGAAUGAGGAACCAGAGCCCAUUUACAACAAAGGCAAAGUUCCUCUAGCUGAGUAUGGUCCUUGUGGAAAGCCUGAAGGUUGUGGAACAGAUGAUGAACUUGAAAAACGCUUUAGCAAGGAGCUGGAUAUUUUGCCAACACUUGGAAAUGAACUGAAUGAGGAACCAGAGCCAAUCUACAACAAAGAAAAAGUUCUUCCAGCUGAGUCCACCUCCUUGGAAAGUGCUCCACAAAGAGAUUCAUUCACUGAUGACGAUCAAAUCGAGCAUUACAGUACAACAAGUGAUGACGAUAAGAUCAAGAAGCAAGAAUCACUAGACACAGUGGAAACCUCAGCCAAAGAGAGUGAAACUGAGAGUGAAGCAGAAAUGCACUUCAAGAAAGAAGACAAAGAUACUGUUGAAGAUGGUGAUGAAGACUUCUUGAGCUCAGAGAGUGAAAAUGAUAAGGAUGAGGAAGAUGGGCCAAGUGAAGCAGAAAUUGAUGGGAACUUGACGUCUCGCUCAUCAACUGAUAGACCCUUGUCAUACACAAUGGAAGAUAACAUUAAGAAAAGACUGAUUAAGGAGGAUGAUGAGAGGCCAAAGUCGUUUGCCUUUGGUGAAGGAGAAAGUACAGAGGAUCCAUGCAUCACAUCCAACUUGAAGGCCUUCUCUGACCAAAGAAGGAGAAUCAAGCCAACCAGACGGCAUGCAGCCAGUAGUAACCCUGUGCGUCAGCGACAAAACAGAGAUGACCUAAGAACUACUACAGAUAUUCUUAAGAUCCGAGAGGUGGAGAAGCCAUCAAUGGUAAACAAGAAAAAAAAACAGAAAGGUUUCACUGAUGAAGCAAUUGCUGGUUUGUCGAGCACAGAAGAUCUGGCUUCUGCAAGCACUGCACUGAGAAAGACAGCCAAAGAUGCUUCAGGAGUGAGCAAGGAGAUCAAAGAUUUUGGAGGAUUUUUACCUGUCAUGCUGUUACAAAUUAAAGGUUCAAGGCAUAUUCAGACAAGAUUGGUUGAGCCUUCAGUCAAAUCACUUAAUUCUGGAGACGUGUUUGUAUUGGUGACUGCAAAGGACAUCCAUUUAUGGAAUGGGAAGGAUGCCAGCAUAAUGAAGAAGGCUAAGGGAAUGGAAGUUUCCACUAUCAUAGUAAAGCAGAAAGACUUGGGUUGUAAUGCUACAAAAGUUCAUAUCAUGGAUCAAGGUCAUGAGAUAAAUGAUGCUGGAACAAAGCUCUUCUGGAAGACUUUGGGAGGCAAAGAUGAUGUCCCAGAUGCGGCAGAUCUUCCUUCCGAUGAAGUACAUGAGAGAAGUUUGAUAAAGACCAACUUGAUUUACAGAGUCAGUUGUACGUCGGAUCCCCCGGAACUUGUACUUCGUGAUGACCUGUCAGGACGUGUCCUCAGUGCAGACUUGAUGGAUAAUUCGCAGGCGUACGUGGUUGACUUUGGUUCAGAAGUGUACCUGUGGCUCGGUAGAAACUGUGACGCUUUGGCGCGAGCAAAGGGCGUGGCCUUGGCACAAGAGAUCUUUAAUAAAUCAUUCAAGUUCAGGAGUAGCCUCAGUCCGUUAGACCCUAAAACUCUCUUAGAUGAUCCGCCCAAGACAACUGAAGUAACUCGCCCAUCCUGGGCUUUGUUUGGGCGCAUGACAGCUCGUUCAGAGACUGUGCUCUUUAGGGAAAAGUUCGUUGAUUGGCCAGAUCAUAACGUCGAUUACACACAGGAUUUUGUUAAACAGCCCAUAAGUGGAAGCUUCACUGACAUUUGUUUAUCUGUAGGUUUUGACGUGGGGCGUGGCACAGGUACCGUCGAUGAAGAGGGGCGGCAGUUUAUUGUUUCUUCAAUUUCAUUGAAAAUCUGGCAUGUUAAGGAAUAUUCUUAUCAAUUGCUCUCUGAAGAGGAACAUGGCCAUUUUUUUUCAUCAGAAGGUUACGUGGUGAGGUGGAAGUACUGUGUGAAGCUGACAGGCGUUAAGACACUGAAGGGGAGGCAGUCUCGCUAUGAGGAUGUUGGUCGGGAUAAGGUGGCGUACUUCUUCUGGCAAGGAAAAGACAGUUCACUGAAUGAGAAAGGAACUGCCGCUCUUAUGACUGUCGAGCUUGACUCCGAUAAAGGGCCUCAGGUUUUGGUCGCGCAAGGAAAGGAACCUCCUUGUUUCACAAGAUUGUUCGAAGGAAAGAUGGUUGUUCACUUAGGAAAGAAAGAUUCUCUAGAGGAGACAGAUGAUGGCGCGCUUUUCAUCGUGCGAAACGAGGAACCCGAAGAAUCUUAUUUAUUACAAAUACCAGCAAGUUCCUCAUGCUUGAGAUCGCGUACGUCAUUUAUUGUAGCGGACAACAAGAAAUCAAUCGUACAUGCCUGGCACGGCUGUCAAUCUCCUGCAGCCACGAAGCAGGUGGCUGUAAGCGCCGCAAAGAGACUAAAGAAAUGGUUCAACAAGCAAUAUUCCAAGGAGUUUAAAGCGAAAGAAGUUUCCGAAGGGGAGGAGAGCAAAGAUUUUUGGAAUGUUCUCGGUGGAAAGACAGGCUUUGUUUCACUUCUUGAAGAUUCGAAGAAAUAUGACUAUACGAUGCGUGUUUUCCACCUGAAGAGCUCCAGUGGCUCGUUUGAGGCCAUUGAAGUGUUAAACCCAGCUAGAUCUGAUCAUAUCACACCUUAUCCGAUUCUUCAAUCACAACUGUACUCAGCAGAUCAACCAGCCUUGUUUAUGGUAGACGCAGUGCAUGUCAUUUACCUUUGGCACGGCUGGUGGCCGAGUGGAGACGAUUCCGAGUCCAGAGCUUCAACAACAGGCUCCGCGGAAACGCGAUGGAGCAAUGACAAACGGCUGUCGAUGGAAACCAUCAAGUCAUACGCAACAGAACUAAAGCGCGACUUCUCUCAAGUAUUCAUUGUGUUUGCUGGUCUGGAACCAAAAUCGUUCAAACUGCUUUUCCCAUUCUGGGAGGAAAGACCCGACGUGGCCAAAAUAAACAUAGCGGAUGGUAAAGGUGACGGCGAUACGGUAAAAGUAGAAACAGAACUUACCAAACUCUCAAGGCAGGAGUACAGUUUAGAAGAACUGAAACAAAAACCGCCCCCUGAAGGGGUUGAUCCGUCAAGACUUGAGACAUAUCUGAGUGCAGACGACUUUCAGAAAGCUUUUAACAUGACCAAAAGCGCUUUUGAUGCUCUGCCAAUGUGGAAGAAGACAAAUCUCAGAAAGAAAGCUGGACUUUUUUAACUUCUCUCCACUUAGAAGAUAUUUAAUUCGAUUAGUUAAUGAGUGUGUUUAAAUGAGGGUAUUUUAUGACUACCCUUGUCGUGCUGUUACUGAAGAUUUGUCAGGGAGAUUAUUAUUAAUAGAAAGCGAGUUUAUCACAGGAAAGGUUCGCUUCCCUAAUCUCAGAAUGUUUAGCAAUUAAUAAUUUGUUUGGAGACAAUCUGUAGGACUUUUCUGAAUAUACAAUGCCUGUUUUUUUUUCUUCCUUAACAGUUGAAAAGGAUCAUUGUGUAGCUGUUUAAUUUUAUUUCAGAUUUGAAUUUCGUGAGGUGAAAACUUUAAGGAAACGAUCAUUUCGCAAGAAAUAUGAAAACCUUUCCUAUACGUCAACGCUUUAGUUUGAUAAGUUUUUGUAAAGGUACUUAUCUCUUAAUCUUUUGCCCUGUUGACGAUGGAAAUGAUGCACUGGUAAAAAUUCAGGCGGGAAAGGGGUGAACCGGAAGGUUGCAUCUUACAUUGAUGAAAUGAACGAGGAAAGUAUUGCACUAGACUGCCCGCGCACUGGGAUUCUGAACUAUUUUGGAUUGCAACAGAUGAUCAAGGAAAAAACUUAAGCGUUUCGGGUAUGCAUUAAGAGAGGGCUUCAGUAAGUUUUCUCUGAAGAAAGCUUAGUGGUUGAUUGAAUCGCAAGUGAGUGGAACUGGAAAACCGUGAGUGUCGAAAACCGGUUUAUCAAGAUUUACUCAGAGCCUUCUCUUUGCAACGCACGAACGAGUAACUAAGUCGGGUCAAAGGAACUUAUAGGAAGGGCCAUGUUAGUUGCUGGUCAUCAGGCUUUUUAUUGUUGUUGUUGCUUGUUUGUUUAUUUGUUUGAAUUGAAAAGAAACGGUUUCAUCUUAAGAUCAACACGAGCCUUCUUAUGGUAAAUCUUAAUUAAAAUUUAGCAACGGAUUCUUGUAAAAGCUUGUAUACCACUGAAAGAUGUUGCUGAGUAACUAUAAUCAGAUUUUCAUUGGCCUCUCGGAACGUUUGCUUAAUUAAGAUGUUUAUAUGUUUACAUUUCUCAAGAUUUUCACGAAAUGAUUGAAGAAGAAGUUGAGUUUGGCCUCUUUGGGUCCUGAAGUUUUAUUAUAGCGUUAGUAGUAGCACCUCGGUAAGGCUCCUGUCUUCUUCAAUCUAGUUAAAGUUUUGACAGUUGUUGAAAGGUAGAACCUUUUUCAGUUGUGUCAACCCAUUGAACGUUAGAUUUGUCUAGAAAGUUCCUAAAGAAAACUUAAAUCGAGAAGCCUAGAUCUGGGUUUAAGACAAUACUGUGAGGGAAUUUAAUUUAGUAGACUCAGUAAGAUUAAUUGUAGUACUUUUUCAACUUAGAUUAAUAUUGUAAGAAAAAAACAUUUGUAAUCAGCAUGAAUUUGGUCUAAUAUUUGUUAAUCAACGUAUGUAAUGCCAUUUAAUUAACUGCACAGUUUGAUCUUAUUUAAGACUAUGCCUUUAGAUGUAUUUCAGUUCAAUUUAACACAGAAAUGUGGAAUAAUUAAAUAUGCAAUUGAUAAAGGACAGACAGAGGUCUGUUUGAUCAAGAAAAAGAGUAGGAGAGAUUUUUUUUUAUAUCUGAGAGGUCAACCAGGGCAUCGAAAAUGAAUUUAAAAGUUGGAUUGUAGGUCAAAGAUUAUAAUCUUGCAAAGUCUCUCCAUAUUGAAGUUCCUCAGCUACCUGUGGACUUGAUUAUUUCGAUAAAAAAAGAUUAGAUAAUUGCGUUGCCCGUCUUUGUGUCAGUGAAAAAAGUAAUGUGGCUAGGAAGAAGUAUCUUUUUUUAGGAUAAAAAAUAAAUUGAUGUGAAGUUGUUAUUCCAAUAAAAGAACUCUAAGUUUUGAAAUUAAAA